CUCCCCCUUCAGACCCCGCCGAGCACUCCAUCUCUCCUUCUUUCCCUUUCUCCCUCCCCACUCUCUCUCUCUUUCUUAAAUUGACAUCGGGUCUGGGCUCGAAACAUGAUAACAGAAAAAUCUUCUUGCGCUCCGCGUUGUCGGGCUGUCCUCAACCCCGAUCACUUGAAACUCAAAUAAGCAGGCGUCCAGAAAAGGGGGGAAAAAGAUCGCGGUAUCCUGUCAGCGGGUGCUCGGAGGAGACAACAAGAGACAUUUAUACCACACAUCCUUUGAAUGUGCUCUUGCGCAUCGUAGGUUUUACAAAGUGCUGGUAUUAAACUACAGUGAAAGUUAACAUGUAUCUGCACGCUUCGAUACGCGCAAGCCUUGGAUUGGUAGGUUUCUGCUUGGUCGCCUUUGUCCAACAGCCAGCUUCAGGAAGUAAAACCAUUCAAGAUGUGGACGAAUGUGCAAAGUCACUUGACAACUGCAGCAUGGAUGCCAUCUGCCAGAACACCCCAAAGUCAUACAAAUGUAUCUGCAAGUCAGGCUAUAAAGGAGAUGGCAAACGUUGUGAAGAUGUUGAUGAGUGUGCGACUGAAUACAAUGGUGGCUGUGUCCAUGAGUGCAUCAACAUCCCAGGAAAUUACAGGUGCACAUGCUACGAUGGCUUCCGGUUGGCGCAUGAUGGACACAAUUGUCUAGAUGUGGAUGAGUGUUCAGAAGGUAAUGGUGGAUGCCAGCAGAUUUGUGUCAACAUGAUGGGCAGCUAUGAAUGUCGCUGCAGAGAAGGAUUCCUCCUGAGUGACAACCAGCAUACCUGUAUCCAAAGGCCUAAAGUGCAAUCUGAAGGCACAAAGGAGGGGCCCACCUGCAUGGACAAGAAUCAUGGGUGUGCACACAUCUGUAGGGAAGCACAGAAGGGUGGCAUCUCUUGUGAGUGUCGACCUGGAUUCCAGCUCACCCGCAACAUGAAGGACUGCAAAUUAACAUGCAACUACGGUAAUGGAGGUUGCCAGCACAUCUGCGAGGAGACGGACCAUGGUCCCAAAUGCUCCUGCCACAUGAAGUUUGUCCUGCACAGCGAUGGAAAGACUUGUGUAGGGGAGAGGAGUGUCCAGUCCCAGGCAGCCCCACAGCUGUUCCCUAAUGAGACCUGUGCAGUGAACAAUGGCGGCUGUGAUAGCACAUGUCACGAUUCAGUGACAGGAGUCCGCUGCAGCUGUCCUGGUGGCUUCACUCUGCAGCCGGACCGCAAGACCUGCAAAGACAUUGAUGAGUGCCGGCUGAACAAUGGGGGAUGUGAUCAUGUGUGCCGAAACACAGUGGGUAGCUUUGAGUGCAGCUGCAAGAAAGGCUACAAAUUGCUUACCAAUGAGAGGACUUGUAAAGACAUUGACGAGUGCUCUUUCGACCGUACUUGCGACCACCUCUGUGUCAACUCUAAUGGCAGUUUCCAGUGUCUUUGUCAUAAAGGCUAUGUCCUCUACGGCCUGGCACACUGUGGAGAUAUUAAUGAAUGCAGUAUAAAUCGUGGCGGUUGUAAAUACGGUUGUGUCAACACUCUGGGAAGCUAUGAGUGUACCUGUCCGCCAGGAUUCAAGCUGCACUGGAACAAGAAGGAUUGUAUUGAGUUGAUGAAAUGUUCUCCUGGAACGGUAGCACCUAAGGCCACUCUUACCUGUAGCAAGACUGGCAAAAAGGAGAGCUGUUCUCUUACCUGUGCGUCCAAAGCUCACUAUCUGGCAGAGUCAGACAACAGCUACUCAGUCAGUUGUGGCAUCCCCAUCAUCAGAGGGAAGUCUCCUGCCAGGCUCAACUCCAGCAGCAGUCCAAGCUGCAUAGAGACUUCGCCGCAUCCAUUCAAGCAGACGGCUUCUUUCAAGAUUAAAAAUGCCAAAUGCCACCUGCAUCCUAAGUUGGCCAGCAGGACAGAGGACAGAGGACGAACACUGGGACCAGGAGGGGGGCAGCCUUGCAGCAACUGCGUGGUAACAUUUGUUAACCUCAAAUGUGACUCCUCAAAGAGAACUAAAGGGCGGCGUGCUCGCAACUCUUCUAACAAAGAGGUGACACGUAUUACUUUGGAGCUGGAAGCUGAGGUCAAACCCGGAGACACCACAGGAAGCUGCAACCUCAGCUGCCAGCGACAGCGCAUGGAGAAGCAGGUGAAGACAUACAUCAAGGCUCUGAAGAAGUCUAUUAAUCAGGAGCGCUUCCUGAUCCGAGUUGCUGGUUUGGAGUACGAAGUGGCCCAAAAACUUCCCCAGGCUGCUCCUGUUCAGGAGAACUGCAGUCCGGGCUCAGAGAAGGACAGCGGCCGAUGUGUCAGAUGCUUGCCAGGGUCUUAUUACCAUGGGGAGCAUGAGCGCUGUGUUCAGUGUCCACCUGGGACUUUCCAGGAGAAAGAGGGGCAGCUGGCCUGUGACCUCUGUCCUGGCAGUGAUGGCCAUGGACCAACGGGGGCACGAAAUAUCUCCUCUUGUGCAGGCCAGUGUCCAACGGGAUACUUCUCCAGUGAUGGUUUCAAACCCUGUCAGCCGUGCCCACAGGGCACCUACCAGCCAGAUCUGGGACGGACCCUGUGUUUCCCCUGUGGGGGGGGACUGAGCACUAAGCGAGAAGGUGCCAGCUCCUUCCAUGACUGUGAAGUCAAAGUUCAGUGUUCUCCAGGUCAUUACUACAACACCACAGUACACCGGUGUAUCCGCUGUCCUGUGGGGACCUAUCAGACAGAGUUUAGACAAAACUACUGCAUUUCCUGCCCGGGAAACACCACCACUGAUUUUGAUGGUGCCACAAGCGUCUCACAGUGCAAGAACAGGCAAUGUGGUGGUGAGAUGGGUGAGUUCAUGGGUUAUAUUGAGUCACCAAACUAUCCUGGUAAUUAUCCCGCUAAUGUGGAGUGCACUUGGAACAUCAACCCGCCCGUCAAACGCAAGAUCCUAAUUGUGGUGCCGGAGAUUUUCCUGCCAUCAGAGGACGAGUGUGGAGAUGUGCUGGUUAUGAGAAAGAACUCGUCGGUGACAUCCAUUACCACCUAUGAGACGUGUCAGACGUAUGAACGGCCCAUCGCCUUCACAGCUCGCUCCAGGCGUCUUUGGAUUAACUUCAAGUCUAAUGAGGCUAACAGUGCAAGAGGCUUCCAGAUUCCUUAUGUUACUUAUGAUGAGGACUAUGAGCAGCUUGUAGAGGACAUAGUGAGAGACGGAAGGCUCUACGCCUCAGAGAACCAUCAAGAAAUCCUAAAGGAUAAAAAACUGAUUAAGACUCUUUUUGACGUGCUGGCUCACCCAAACAACUACUUUAAGUACACCACUCGGGAGUCCAACGAGAUGCUUCCCCGUUCCUUCAUACGUCUCAUUAGCAGCAAAGUCUCUGCCUUCCUGCGGCCGUACAAGUAAAGUUCAUGCAACUGCCUGCGACCCGGAUUGCAACCCUUCUCCCCCAUCCCCACCCCACCUUAAAGGCCACAUCCCACAACGCUUACUGGACUUAUAAACACAGAGCCUACUAGUGCGAUUAUUCUUUUUUUUCAUGGGCUUUUCUGCAAACACUUUUAAGACCUGAGAAUAACAACCACCAUUUGUUUCCAAGGUUUAUUUAGUCAGUUUCCACCUAGCACAGGUCUGCAGUCCCAAGCUUAAGCAUUUAGUGAGGAUGUAGAGUGUGGGUCUGGUUUUGAUUGUGUUGUACAAUGAGACCACACAAAAAAAGAAAAGCCUAUUUCAGACAGUAGGAGUGAUGUUUUGUGUUUGCGGUUUGAGCCUGAUAGAGCUUGUUAUUGUAUUUGCUUAAAUGAGCGGUGCGAGCACCAGUUCCUUCCAUUAAGUAUGACUGUAAUUGUUGUGCAAGUGUUGUGUAACUCUAAUCCCAUCUUCAGUGUCUGUGUGCUGUCCUCAAGGAGGAGCAGUUGUUAAAUUCAUGUCACAGCUGGAUUUCAGGCCCUUCAAAGCCCGAUUAUAUUUGAGCUCUUAGAGCAGUUUUCAAGGGUUUUACUGUUAAAACAGUUAAUCUGUGUUUUGCUCUGUCUGUUUAGACUGUACCAGUGUUGCCCAACCUUUAAAUAUUUUCCUCUGGUCUUUUUAAAGCCACCUCAAAGCAAACACAAAAAUGUGGUUUAGUAUUCAAAGAACCCAGUGGACAUUCGGGAGAUAAAUAAUAGUGAGAGCAACAGAAAUUAGAUGAUGUGAUGUCUAGUGGAGCAUGUCUCAGAAAGGGAGAGAAAUGUCUUUGAUGGACAUUAUGUUUGCUGCUUCUUUUUUAAAAGGUCACUUUAAUUCUUCAGUCUCAUUGUCUUUCUGAUGUAUUCUAUACACUAAUAUUCUGCAGGUUUGAAACAAAGGGAAGCUCAGAAUCUGAGACACUUUGUUCUUACACCCAUUAACUCCAUAAUCUCUCAUUAACUGUCUGUGGACUACCAGUUUUAUUUUUAUUUCAGUAUUGUAAAUAAUGAAAAUACAUUAGACGAGGGUUGAAUUCUUUAUUCCUGACUUGCUUACGCAGGAAGCUCACAAUAAUCACUUUUCUGCCCCAAAAUGUCCCACCAGAAGACACCCAGAUACCCCCUUCACGGUUUGUUCCGACAGCUCUUCCAAAGACGGCUCAAAAAAGGCGGGUCAAGUAGGUUUAUGCACUAAAUUUAGAACCUGCCAUCCCUUUUUGGUACAAAAUGCAAUGAAUGAAACUAGUACACAUUCAUUAUGGUUUAAUCCACA